ACCCGCCCGCAACGACACACUUUGUUACUUUCACGCGAGCAGUGCACAUUUUGAUCGUUCAAAAUGUACAGGCUCUUUGUUUUAGCGUUAGUGAUCGCGGCCGUGACGUGCCAGCAGCAUGAGGGAGCGAGACGCGUGCCCAAGUACGCGGGUGAUCCCAAGACAGCCGCCAUUGUGCAGGAGGCGCGCUAUCUCAGCGGCAAUGGAGCCUUCGGUGCCGCUUACCAGCAGGAGGACGGCAUCAACUUCAAGGAGGAGACUGACGCAGACGGCAACAGGAGAGGCAGCUACUCUUACAUCGAUCCCAGUGGGCAGAGGAAAACAGUGAACUAUGUAGCAGGCAAGAACGGAUUCCAGGCUGUUGGUGACCACAUCCCGACGGCGCCGCAAGCCGCCGCACCCACUCCUGGAUACCAGCCCGACCCACGUUACAACCCACCAGACUACAAGGCGCCCCAGUACAGCGCUCCUCAACAGUACACCGCGCCCGCACCUUCCCGCAACUACGGUGGUAAACCCAGUGUAGAUGACGGCCAAUACCACCCAGAGCUGUACGAGGAGAACUAUGUAGCACCCCAGCAACAAUACCAGCCUGCACCUCAACCACAGUACCAACCUCAACCUCAACCGCAGUACCAGCCUCAACCUCAGUACCAACCCCAGCCUCAGAAGCAAUAUCAACCCAACAACGUUUAUACCGGAGUACAGCAAGCGCAGUACAGCGGCCUGCAAACCCAGGACAACUACUACUCGGCACCUGACAACAACCAACAAUACUACGAGCCCACGACUCCACCCCCGGCGCGCUUCUUCCCGCCCGGCAAAUUCAGCCUGAACAGAGCGCCCGAUGGCUACUCUUAUUCUUUCCACAAAGUCAAGUAAAAACCUAAUUUAUUAUAAUGGCGCCGGCGAUUUGUAAAGCUAGAAACACGUAAAAAGCACACCUCAAUUAGCAACUCGCCGAGUCAUCGAGGGGACGAGCGGAACGGGAGCACACCCGGCCUCUUCGGAAGCAUUUCUUUAUUGUUGUUUGCUGUGAUAUUGUGAGUUAAUGGACAGGUAUACAUAUGUUGGUGGUUUUUGUUAGUUGCCGAGGAGGGUUAUGAGGACUGAAAGCGUAACAGAAACUAAACUAUUGUAAAUAAAUUUAGAAUUACAUGUCAAAUAUCUGAUUUUCACUGCCCCUAAAUAUACAAGCUUUUCACUGUGUA